AUGGACAAGCUGAAGAUGAGGGCGAAUUCGAGGCGGUUGUUGGUGAAGUAUUGUCGUCGCCACUCGGUUUGGUACGAUGCAGGUAUAGAGAUGCUGUUGUUGUUGUUGUUGUUGUUCGGUGAAAGUGGAAAUAUUGAGGCUCAAGGCGCUGCAAGCGUGGCUUGGCCAGAAUCCGCCACGGACAUGAACCAAGGAGGCCCAAGCACAUUCAGACGCCGUCUAGCCGAACAAACCGACGCGUCCCAUAGCUACAAAGCACUGGCAGGUGGCGAUUCUGAAGGUUUCAGGGUUCCGGCAAGGAUAGAGAGACUCCAUGGCGAACGGAAGUCGUCGGAUGGCCUGAUAGUGAAAUCGGAGACGAUGAUUUCGGUAGAUUGUCAACCAAGUCCACCUCGUAACGAGUCACCGGAUCGCAGAACUGGGGAGGACAAAAAACGCUUGUGGAUGAAAUGAUACUACGUUGCUACGCACUCUAAAACGAUCUAUGUCCAAGGCCAUUAUCAACACCGAGAUUCACCCACCCUAAAACACCAGACGGUCGACCCCAGCACCGAGGUAUCCUUACAGCAAGGCUUUAGUGUCCAAGGGACCAAGGCCCGUCUUGUUUAUAUCUCACGCGUCCUCCACCAUCUCAUCCCCCAGUUUCUCCUCCUCCGGUACCAUCCUAUCCACCAUCCAAUCCUGAACGUCCUUAAAGUGCUCAUUCAUCAUGCGACCCAACCCGCUCACGUUGCUGCGAAUGACCGAACCGAACCGGCGCUUCAUAACCUUCCGGCUCAAGUCGGCAUCCGCCCAACAUGCAUGGUCCGCCGACACAUAGACCCGAGAGUUAUCCUUGUACCACGAUGAAAGAUCCGUGUCGACGUCCGAUUUCACAGGACGGAGGUUGCCGUUAACAAAAUUGACGACUCCCGAGAUUCGCGACUUCACGUCUGUAGGGUUUGAAGAAUCACAUGUCAGUAAUCAGAGCCUCAAGGGAUACGGGAGAAGAAGGACACAGUGCAAAGAAUCAUGUACAUACCUCUGUUAAUGAGCAGGAGCUUGACUCCAAGGUAAG